AUGGCAGCUUUUUCAUACCAGCAACCUUUUCUUCUUGACUCUCUUUUCAUGCCAAACACUCCCUUUAAGUUUCCUGGAUUUUCCGAGGAACCAAACAACACCCCUACCUGUUUUUAUCAUUUAUACCAACCUGAAACUCUUCGGGAUAUUGCUGAGGAAUUUAGUGUCCCUGAAAGUAGCUGCUUUGAGCAUAGCACAAAAGUUGCUCUUAGCAAUAAUGAACCCUCUGUGACAAACAAACAUAGCCCAGAUUCCUCAUCAGUCAUUGAUAAACUAGAGAGUGGUGAACAAGUCACUCAGAAGCUGACCCCUAUGGAGAAGAAGAGGAGGUGCGCGGAUGGCUCUUCUUUGAGUUCUGCUCAGUCUAAGGGUGCAAGAGUAAUGAAAGGGAAGAAGCAAAAGAUGAGCAAUGGUGGAAUGAAAGAAGGUGAAGAAAAGAAGCAUAGAGCUGAUAAAAAGGAUAAGAACAAAGUUGCUGAAGAAGCUCCUAUAGGCUACAUUCAUGUAAGAGCAAGGAGGGGCCAAGCAACAGACAGUCACAGCCUCGCAGAGAGGGUGAGGAGAGAGAAAAUAAGUGAGAGGAUGAAGUUGUUGCAAGCUCUUGUUCCUGGGUGCGACAAGGUGACUGGAAAGGCCCUGAUGUUGGAUGAAAUAAUUAACUAUGUCCAGUCCCUACAAAAUCAAGUAGAGUUCCUUUCUAUGAAGCUUGGUUUCAUGAAUCCCAUGUUCUACGACUUUGGAAUGGACUUUGAUGCUCUCAUGGUUAAACCUGAGAAGUUGAGCAGCUUGGCAUCACCCCUACCAAAUGUGUUGCAAUGUAGCUCUACCCAGCCCACAGUAUUUUCUGAUACAACCAAUACCACCUUUAGCUCAGCCAACAACCACCCUCUUCUGAACACGUCUACUUCAGUUCUGUUUCAAGAAGGGCAGGGGCCAAAUAGCCUCUCUCAGGCUAAUGGACAGCUCUUGUGGGAUGUGGAUGGCCACAGCCCAAAACUUCUAAAUCAAUCUGGUUUCACCAACAACUUGUGUUCUUUCAAUUAAUAUGAGACCAAAGCUGCCCUACAAACAUCUGGUAAGCCCUCAAUCCUUGUCUGAAUAGCUAUAAUUAAGUAACUACAUAGGCAAAUGGAUAAAAAUAAUAAAUACACAAAAAUAUAUUACACACACUACCGCAAAUUUCAAAGUUGUUUUACUGCUGUCAUCAGAAAUGCAGAAUACUGGCCAGAUAGAUUACAGAAGAAAUGUCAAUUAAUUAGAUUAAAUAUUAAGGAAAAACUCAAGUUACUUUUUCUUGUAUUUUUUGAAAGUUAUCACAAAAUAAAGUAUGGUUAGACUUAAUCUGGCAAGGCUAUAGCAAAAUGAGUGGUUUGAGAUAGAUUCAAACAUUUUAGAAUCGAUGUUACAAUUUUAGAAUUGUCCUCAAUUUUUUAAAUGACAACUUAAUCUUAUGGGAUUGUAACUUGAAUUAAAUUGAAUCGUAACUUCAUCAAAUGGGUUUGUAAUUUCAUUGUUAUUUUGUAGUAAUUUUUAGUACGAAAUUGAAGUAGGCAUUGUAAUGGUUCUCCAAUAAUAUGUUCCUAGCUUUUUUUACUGACCGACUUUUGCUCUUUCUCUUGAACUUUUCCAGUUAGUAUGAGGAUUUCACUGCACCAAAAAAAUGGAUGAAAGAAGGGGGUGGC